CGCGGCCGCCGCGCGCUGGCUGACAGCUUUUUAUUAAAUCUAUGCGGGUUCCACUGACACACACCAUACAACGAUACACACUUACCUACAGUCAAUAUGGACAACAUUUAUGACGAACAGAAGCGAAAACCUCGCAAAAUAUAUAAACUUAAAGAGACAAAUCAUAUGUCGGAAAUGAUGCGUGAAAAUAGAAAGUAUUGGGCAGGUGUGUUUCAUGAGCUGGACACGUACACUGAAUCUGCGUUAGAUAAAAGUAAGCUUCUAGCAAAAGUACUACCACCAGAUACUUAUGAGAGGGUUUGCGAAACUCUAAAAAUACCAAAGACAACCAUUGAAGAGGAGGAACCGAAACCAAUUAAAGUAAGGCUUCCUCGGCGACGCGUGAAGGAGCCACAGAUAUCUCCGAAGAAGUGUCUCCAUGUAGACAGGGAGUUGGAUUCCGAUACCGACGUCGAAUUCUACCCAAGCGAUGAAGAAGAUAAACCGAACAUCUACCAAGAGUUACUGAGUAAACCUGUGCGUGAACAAAUAACGUGGGCGACGCGCUACUUGAAACCCGAGAAGGAAGAAGAAAAGAGCCUCGUUAAGAAGGCUGAUGAUCUCACUGACAGGAUUGCAAACGAGUUCUGUGAAUACAUGAAACAAUUAGGAGGGGAUCAACAGUCCAAAUUGUUUACACCGAAAGCUAUAAAGGAAUUGUUUCAAAUAGAGUUCGAUACACACGUCGCGAGAAGUCUCCGAGUAGUGCCAAGAGAACUGCCGUGUGUCGACGAUAAAAUAGCAACCGUUACCGGCAAUCCACAGCUAUCAAGAUAUUCGACCUUGCAACGUGAAAUUACAAAAGACAUCCGGGCAGAGCGGCGUCCCACAGAAAUUACAGCCUUCAACCAGAGCCUGCCGAUGUUCGACCAGUACCACGGGCCGCGGAACCAUACCAAGAAACUGUGGCGGUCUGCGCGCCACGUGCCUAAAGACCUGGUCACACUCAAGACUGUAUGGGAAGGGAUUACAAACCUUAGGAGUGUCAAGGAAUACUGUCGCUGGAUGAUUGAGCACCCUGAACACAGGCGCCCGCCCUACUUAAACAGCCUCGGUCUAUUCGACCCUGCUGUCCUGGACGCAAGGCUCACUUUCGAGGCGGAGUACCAAAUAACCCCUCCAGUCGGAUCUCCCCGCGACACGCCAGCGCCAGCGCAAAUCGAAAAUAUUCAUAGAAAACUCUCCGAGUUGGCUGAUCUUUAGAGAUUUUGUUUUUUGGAAG